CUUCCCUUUUUCUCUCCCUCUCUGUCUCUCUCUUAUUCUCUUUCCCUCUCGAUGUCUCCUCUCUUUCUUUUUUCUCCCCCUCCCCCUUCCUUGUUGCUUGCAGCCAUCAGAGGGGCCACCUGACUGACCCCUGACCCCAUGGUCAGAACAGAUUCAAACCCAUUGAAUCGAGUCUUGUGGUUUCUCUGGAAAUUCCCAGUGGCUGCACCUGGAGCCCUCCAUAUUGACCAGAUCUACCACCACCACCCCUGUCCUCCCUCUCUGGAUUUUAGGUUGUUAUGCAAAACAGCUUACAUAACAGCUUCUCCAGGCUGUGCCUCCCGGGAGAUUCCCUCCUGUUUGAAGUUAUUUAAAGUACCCCAGUCUUCUGGACCUGCUGGGCAUUCCUAUACUCUCAUGCUGUACUGUGUACCUCGAUUAAAGAAAGACCUUUGUUUCUACUUUGGCAGUCCUCUUUAUUUCAGGUUGACCCAUCCAAGGGGAUUCCUGAGGACUCUCCAGGUGGAGCCCAGAGCAGAGCAGUGUUUGUCCAUUUUACCUGGGAAGGUGGGGGACUUUUAUGAAGCCACAACGUCCAGAGCCCAAUUCUGUCUUCUAAAGACUCUGCCCUUUCUCCAAGAGGGAAGAUUAGAGAAAGAGGAUGAGGGAAUGGCAACUAGGCUUCUGACUGCCGGGCCCCAGGAGCCAGUGACAUUCAAGGAUGUGGCUGUGGACUUCAGCCAGGACGAAUGGGGGCUGCUGGACCCUGCCCAGAGGGACCUCUACAGGGUCGUGAUGCUGGAGAACUACAGGAACCUGGUGUCACUAGGGCUUAUCCUUGCCAAGCCUGAAGUUGUCUCCCACCUGGAAGGAAGGGGCGAGCUGUGGAAGCCAGAGAAAGGGGUCCUCGGCUCAGCCUGGGAGAUCAAGGCCAAGACCAAGGUGUUAUCUCCAAAGUGGGACAGUUCUGAAGAAAGAUCACCUCAGGGAGCAAUUACAAAGAAUGUUCCCUCACUAUCCAAAUUGAAAGAAGCCUGGGAAUGUGAGGGCAAGUUUGAGAGGAAGCAGAGAACUAAGGAGCGAUAUUUGAGGCGAGUGACAAUCACACACAAGAAAAGUGCGACUGAGGAAAGAGUCUCUGAAUGUAACAGAUUUGAGGGGAGCUUUGUGGCACAGCAGAGAAUCCCUAGAGACGAAAGACCCCACACCUGUAAUAAAUAUGAAAAUAGCCUCAGACAGAAUUCAGACCAAACUAAGCAUCAGAGAAUCCAUACUGGAGAGAAGUCCUAUGAAUGUAAUCAGUGUGGGAAGGCCUUCAGCCAAAGCACGUGCCUUACCCAACAUCAGAGAAUUCACACUGGUGAGAAACCCUAUGAAUGUAAUGAAUGUGGAAAGGCCUUCAGCCAGAUCUCAUCCCUUUAUUCCCAUAAGAGAACUCACACUGGAGAGAAGCCCUAUGCAUGCAGUGAAUGUGGAAAGGCCUUUAGUUACCAUGCAUCCCUCACUCAACAUAUGCAAACUCAUACUGGAGAGAAACCCUAUGAAUGCAAUGAAUGUGGGAAAGCUUUUAGUCGUAGCACAUAUAUUAUUGAACAUCAGAGAAUUCAUACUGGAGAGAAACCCUAUGAAUGUACUGACUGUGGGAAAACCUUUAGGUACUGCUCCUCUCUUACUCAACAUCAGAGAAUUCAUACUGGAGCAAAACCUUACAAAUGCAGCGAAUGUGGAAAAGCCUUCAGAUACUACUCGGUCCUGACACAGCAUCGGAAAACUCAUACCGGAGAGAAACCCUAUGAGUGUAGUGAAUGUGGGAAAGCCUUCAGACAGAGCUCAGCCCUUUAUUCCCAUCAGAGAAUUCAUACUAGAGAAAAACCCUAUUUAUGUAGUGAAUGUGGGAAAGUCUUUAGCCAGAAUUCAACCCUUACUCGCCAUCAGCAAACACACACUGGAGAAAAACCGUAUGAAUGCAGUGAAUGUGGGAAAGCCUUCCGAUUAAACUCAGCUCUUUUUUCUCAUCAGAAAACACAUCCUGGAGGGAAACCCUACAAAUGUAAUGAAUGUGGGAAAGCCUUCAGCCAGAGCUCAUCCCUUUCUUACCAUCAGAGAACUCAUACUGGAGAGAAACCAUAUGAAUGUAGUGAAUGUGGGAAAUCCUUCAGUCGAAAGACAUUCCUUACUCAACAUCAGAGAAUUCAUACAGGAGAGAAACCUUAUGCAUGUAAUGAAUGCGGGAGUGCCUUCAGCAGACGUGCAGCCCUCACCAAACAUCAGAAACUGCACACUGAAGAAUUAACCCUAGGGGUACAAUAAAAGAAAGCAAAGUUGAACUUAGAUUUUUCAAUUUGUUAAAUUCCCAAGAGUCCAGAUGACAUUUUUGUCAGCAGCUAUGACACUGGGAUGUGAGUAGGGAAAAAAGGGUUGAGGGUGGGGGGAGAGCCUUUUACUUUAGCAGUCUCCAAGGGUGGUAAACUCAUACAGGUUCAAGUAGGUUGUACCCUAGUCUGAGAAUAGGAAUAAUACCCCCUAAUUUAUGAAUCCACUUUAAAAGAUAGAAACCUGGGGGCAGCUAGGUGGCACAGUGGAUAAAGUGCUGGCCCUGGAUUCAGGAGGAGCUGAGUUCAAAUUCAGCCUCAAA